AUGACCAACUCCUGCUGCUCCUCUUGCUGGCAGCACACCUGUUGUGAAACCACCUGCUGCAGGACAACCUUAUGUAAGAAAACCUGUGAGACCAGCUACUGCUGCCAGCCCUGCUGCCAACCCAGCUGCCAGCCCAGCUGCUGCAAGACCAUCUGCUGCAGAACCACCUGCUGUAAGCCAUCCUGUGUGGACAGCUGCUGCCGGCCAUGCUGCCAGCCCAGCUGCUGCAAGACUAUCUGCUGCAAGACCACCUGCUGUAAGCCAACAUGUGUGAGCACCUGCUGCCAGCCCUGCUGCCAGACCUGCUGCUGUGAAACCACCUGCUGCAAGACCACCUGCUGUAAGCCAACAUGUGUCACCACCUGCUGCCAGCCCUGCUGCCAGCCCAGCUGCUGCAAAACCAUCUGCUGCAGGUCCACCUCCUGUAAGCCAACAUGUGUGACUCCCUGCUGCCAGCCCAGCUGCUGUGAACCCAGCUGCUGCCAGCCCUGCUAUUGUGAGCCCAGCUGCUGCCAGCCCUCUUGCUGCCAGCCCACCUGUUGUGAAACCACCUGCUGCAGGACAACCUUCUGUAAGCCAACCUGUGAGACCAGCUACUGCUGCCAGCCCUGCUGCCAACCCAGCUGCCAGCCCAGCUGCUGCAAGACCAUCUGCUGCAGAAACACCUGCUGUAAGCCAUCCUGUGUGGACAGCUGCUGCCGGCCAUGCUGCCAGCCCAGCUGCUGCAAGACCAUCUGCUGCAGAACCACCUGCUGUAAGCCAACAUGUGUGACCACCUGCUGCCAGCCCUGCUGCUGCAAGACCACCUGCUGUAAGCCAACAUGUGUCACCACCUGCUGCCAGCCCUGCUGCUGUGAAACCACCUGCUGUAAGACCACCUGCUGUAAGCCAACCUGUGUGACUGCCUGCUGCCAGCCAUGCUGCCAGCCCAGCUGUUGUGAACCCAGCUGCUGCCAGCCCUGCUAUUGUGAGCCCAGCUGCUGCCAGCCUAGCUGCUGCCCAACCUGCUAUGAAACUACCUGCUACUAG